UUCUUGUGCACAACGAACUAACUGAUGGGCACUCAUGGUGCCCUCAUGGGAUAUCGAAAGAGAUCAUCAUGCUCUAUUACAUCAUGGACCAACCACGAUUACAUUUUACAAGGAGCUCCAAAACCAAAGAAGGAUGACCGGGAUGAGCAACUUCGAAACUGCCAACUCCGUGAUACCCUUAUCACCGUCGUCACAUCAGGAGUUUGUGAUGAGCAAUCUUCUGUCUAUUUUCAAAUAUUGUACAUCCAUCAGGUCAGAAGAUGCUUUAAUUAUCAGUACUUAUGUAAGAAAUCACCAUGACUGCCAAAAUCAAUUUUAGCAAUGAUCACCUGGAAAAACUGAAGGUGUGGUUUGACAUCAAUCCCAACCCUGGAAGGGUGCAAGUAGAUCACAUAGCAUCUCAGAUUGGAUCCUUGUCAGCCCAUGUGUGGAUAUGGUUUCAUAGACAGCGCAAGAGAGUUGAAGCCAACCCAGAGGCCAGUCCACUGAAAGUAAAGACGAUAUCCAGGAGUAAAGGAACAUUAUCCUCUUUGCCCAAAACAGACAGCUUAAGUACUAGAUCUUUCUCAAAGCGAUUGGAGAGUAAUUCCCGUAGAGAUCAAGAUGUUCGGAAACAUGGAAAAGAAAUGGUGGAUCCCAAAUGCAGGAGACAAGAGAGGCUGAAAGCAAAGAAGGGGGUUGUAAGAGGGAUACAGAGAAAAGCAGAAACAAGGCAACGGGUUGGUCUACGUUCUGCGGAAGGUUGUUUUAAAGGAGCUGAGAGAGAAGUGGGGAGAAGGCAGGGAAUGCAUGUAACAUUUGCUGAAGAUGUAGAGGUUAGCAGAAUGCAGGAAUCUGGUGUGAUGCAAAAACUCGACCCUGUGCAGAAUUGUAGUGAGAGAAUGGACAAAGUGGGAGAAUCUCUGGAACACAGAAGGUUAAGGUCUUCACCAAGGAAAAGCACAACACCAGUAAUAGGAGAUUGCCAGGAGCUCUGUGAUACAAAACUAUGUGAAGAACAUUUGUCCACAGGAGACAAAGACUCCCAUUAUCAGGGUUCUGCAAGGAAAUCAGCACCAGGCAGCAUGAGCAGGAUAGUGAAGGAGUUGGACAAUCAAAAGUCUAUGAGAAAAAAAUCCAUGCCCAUGUCUGAAAAGAAAGUACUCAGAGAAGCAGAUUCACAAAACCUUGGAGUUCAAAUGAGCACAGUGAGAAGAGAAAACACAGAAUCCCGGGAGCAUUUUCGAGUUAAUAGGACUACUCAGGAUGGCUUUAGCAGGACAGAAAAGGUGUUAGAGAAAAAGCAUAGUGCCUUAAACUUUAAGAAAGCAGAUCAUGCAAAACAGUGCCUACCCUCUGACAAGACAAAGGCCAAAGUUUUGAAGAAAGUGGAUGCAGGUGGCAUAAUUACUCGUGGUGGCCGCAAUAGAAUUAUAGAAUCAGAAGGUAAUCAUAGAAAGGUAUUGAUCACUCAUUCAGCUUGUAUUGAUGAGACAAGCAAAGCUGAGAGAAAAAACGAAAGACAAAUAAAUGUUUCUGUCACCAGAAGGAAAAAAGUCACAGAAAAUUUUAAGUCUGCAAAGAGUGAACAUCAUAGAGCAGCUGAAUUGAAUUUGAGGCACCUGAAGCCUCAACAACCAUUAACAAAGGUAUCCUCGUCCUCCAAUAGCAGAGUGAAAAGCAAAUCUAAGACAAAAAAAGAAAAGGCAAUCCUAGCUCAGAAAACAAAUCUUUUGAAGAAUAAGAUGAAAGGUGAUGAUGUAUGCCAGGCAGCCAUAGACUCGGGAAAGCCAAAAGUACCUUCCAUAAUGCCAGUCGGAAAGCGUAGGAGCCGUGAAGGACUAUUUUCUGCUAUUUCAAUGCCACAGGCAAAGGCUCAAGUCGGUCUGUCUGAUUCUUCAGAUGCUGAAGACUUCCAAGAUGAUUGUAAUAAGAAAAAUCACAAGCUGAGCAAGAAAAAGGUGGUCACAACUGUCACAACAGAUUCCUUGAACAAUGGCAAAUCCAUACCAGUUCUUUCAGGGAAGAGACAGAACAUUGCUCUUGCGGAUUGUUCUAAUAGGGUGACAGCAGGUAGGAACUUAAAAAGAAUUCCAUUGGAAUCUGCAAACGAGAUACAUUGUGCAAAUAAGAAUAAGAAAGCUGUAUCACCAGUUAAGUGUGGUGUAAGUUCAACCGUGUCUAGUCAAUCGUCUGUGAUUUCUUCAACAGUAGAGGAAACUAGUGUUCCCCAGAACUGCUGUGAGCAUAUUUCCAAACCUCCAUAUUCUCCACUUAGCAUUUCUGGUGGAAAAGACAAACCAUGUCUGUUGCAAGAAAAGAAAAUCAAACAAAAGAAGACUGAGGAGGAGUUUGUAAAGAAAAGUGGUCCUGUAAUUUCUGAUGAUAAGAUCUGGAAUCCGUACAGUGGCGAAUUUCUAUUCAAAAGGGAAUUGUCAGUCAAUUUGAUCAAAAUCAAUCUGUCCUCAAAUUCAGACGAGAGAGAGGUAAUGGUCUCUAGCAAGAUGAAUCCCACCAAUCAACAAAAAGAAAACAAAGAGGACAACCAGUUGUGGAAAGAUGACAGAACUGAUAUUAAUUCCAAUAUGUCUGAGAACAUGUCCAGCCACCCCAAGGUAGCUGAAAGGUCCAUCUGGAAUUCCAUUGCUGCCUCUGUUGAAACAUCAUCAAAGAUAUGGCAAUCAAUUGCAUCUUCAACAGAGGCAUCACCCAAAGAGAUACCCUUCAUUGACGGUUCAUCCUGUCUCGACAAGAAGUCAACAGACUUGUGGAGUUCAAUUGCAUCAUCGGUUGAAAUGUCCCACAAGGAUAUACCAUUCAUAGAGAGAUCAAUAUCACCAGAGGGGGAAUCAACACCGUCUUCAUCUCAGGAUACUGUAGCAUGUAACGAGGACCCCUGUAGAGCAAAGACAAAGAGCAUGUUUGAUGAAGAUAGUUGUGAAGUCAGUUCUUCUGUUGAUCUUGAGAAGGUUCCCUCAGUUUUAUCUGAAGUUAUUGAUGGUAUUGAGGAGUCAGAGGAGACUUCUUUAUCAAAUCUAGUGGAAACUAAUGAAGGUAAGGAUACUGCAGCAGAUGUUAUUGAAGCCAAAGAAGACAAUGUUAAGUUUUCUGAAGGAGAUACAAAAUCUAUGAAGGAAGUCGAGAAGAUUUCAGCCUCUGAGAAAGAAGUAAAUGUGGAAGAGCAUGAGAAGCCGGCUAUAGACGUAUCAACAAAGAAAUAUGAAAGCAGCAAAGUUGAUUCGCUGAAAACCAAGAAAAACUUUAGAAAAACAACAUUGGCAUUCAUUGAAAGUAGCAAAAAAGCCGAGAUAAGUUCUAAUAAUAAAGAUUUUUUUGAGACUCAUGUAGAGUCACCAAAAGUAAUCGAAAUGGACAGGAAAGAUUUGCUGGAACCGGAGAGAAAUUCAGGGGGGAGCAAAACGGCUGGAACACUCGAAGAGGUAUCACCAGCAGAAUGUCACAAAAUGUCUGCAAAUGUGAUGGAGAACUCUGAAAUUGGUCCUGAUGAAGAAAAUGCAAGUGCUGGUGAAAAGCCUGCAAGUCCAGUAGAUGAUCUGUAUGAAACAAUAGACUCCCCUGAUUAUGACAUAGGUUCACCCUAUGUGGUGGUAGAUGAAAUUGGUGGCAGUGAUACAGAAGAAAAUACAUCAACUGAGAAUGGAAGACAAGAGGAAUCUUCAGAAGAUCAUGACUGUUUGAAUAUUUCUAUAAAGCCUUUUCCAGAAUUUGUGAACAAAAGUACGAAGGCAAGUGAAAUCAUUGACCUUGAUUGUAGCGAUGAUGAUGAGGUGGUAUUAAUUUCAUUAACAUCAAGUAAGAAAGCAAGGAGGAUUCCUAUUGGAGAUAAUUCGUUGAAAGGUCAUUUGUCCAGCCAUAAUAAGAAUCAACUUGAGGUCAUAGACCUCGACUGCAAUAGUGAAGAUGAUGUGAUACAAGUCUCCACAGUAGCCCCAAACACUCCGACCUCUCUUGGGAUCGAGACUUCAGACUGCUUGAAUGUGACCGAAAAGCAGAGCAUUCAAAAUGAUGUGCCAUCAGUGGAGGUAAAUGGCACAUCACUCCAUCCCCCAACGCUGGAACAAGAGCAACCAAAGGAACAAAAUGUAUCACAAAGCACAGAGACAGAGAGUAGUAAACAUGAUGCUGUGCUUGACAUGACCUGUGAAACUGUAUCAAUUGAUUGCGGUGGCUGUGUUGAUAACAAGUCACCAGAGAUUUUCAGUGUAUUAACACCGAACAAUGAAUGUAAUGAGAGUAUGGAAAUUAAAGAUUCAUCGUCGGAUAAACUUGUCAUAGAAAUGGAAAAAUGUGAUAAAGUUGACUGCCCACUACAAGAACAAGACGUUCCAACUUCCCUAAAAGAUAUUAGUGAUGAACCAGUAGACCAGAGUGAUGGAGGUAAAGAUUCACCAUUAGACGAACUUGUCAUUGAUAUGGAAGCCUGCCGUAAGAUGGACUGUCCACCAGAAGACCAAGGUGUUCCAACUUCCUUAAAAAGUUCUCUAGGUGACCCAAUGGAGCAGAGUGUGGGACAUAAUAAUUCACCAUCAGAUGAACUUGUCAUAGGCAGAGAAACAUGUAAUAAAAUAGACAGUCCACAAAAAGACCAAGGUGUUCCAGCUUCCCGUAAAAAUGCAGUUGAUGACGAAAUAGGACAAACUUCUGGACUUCAGGAUUCACCAUCAGAUGAACUUGUCAUAGACAUAGAAGCAUGUGAUAAGAUGUACUCCUUGCAAUUAGACCAAGGUGUUCCAACUGCCAUAGAAAAUGCUGUUAAUGACCAAGUAGUGCAGAGUAUUGGACAUAAAGACUCAUCGUCAGAUGAACUAGUUAUAGACAUGAAACCUCGUAAGAAUUUGAUCCGUUCCUGCCCAGACCAAGGUAUUUCAAAUCUGGAAAAUGAUGCUGCUGCAAAAAUUAAUCCAUCACCGCUGGGCAUUGGAAGUAGUGAUUCAUUAGCAGAUGAGCUUGUCAUAGACAUGGAAGCAUGUGAGAAAGUGAACAAUUCCAUCCAAGACAAAGGUAUUCCAGCUUCGCUCAAAGGUGCUGAUUUACCUGAUAAUCCAUCAAAGGAGAGUGUCAAGUGUAAUGAUUCCAACUCAGAUACACUUGUCAUAGACAUGAAAGAAUGUGAUAAGAUGGACUCUCUACAAUUAGACCAAGGUGUUUCAACUUUCUGUAAAGAUGAUCCAGUAGAGCAGAGUGUUGGACGUAAAGAUUCUUCAGAUGAACUAGUGAUAGACAUGAAACAUUGUGAUAAGGUGAACGAUCCCUGCCUUGACCAAGACAUAUCAACUCCUCUAGAACAUAAUACCACACGUCUCAAUCCAUCAGAACUGGGGGCUGGAUGCAGUGAUUCCUCAGCAGAUGAGCUUGUCAUAGACAUGGAAGCUUGUGAUAAGAUGGAAUAUUUCCCCAAAGAACAAGAGGCUCCAGAAGGCACUAAUCAUUUCCCAGUUGACCCUUCAGAAGACAAUAUCCAGCACAAGUUGCCAGAUUCAUGUGAAUGUAAACCUGGCUCUUCCGCAGAUUCAAGACUUGGGGCUUUAGAAGGUCUUGUUAACGAUAAAUCAGACCAAGUAGAGCAAGAUGCGGAGAUGGAAAAGUCAGACGAAAGUGUCAAAGUGGUGAAGGUAUGUGGGGAGUUGAUAGGUCUCCUCAAAGCUAUGGACUCUCCAAAAAGAACAGUUCCUACUUUCUCAAAAAUAAACACACCUCAACGGGGUAAUGAAGUUGGGGACUUAACAACCGCUGAAGGUGGACCAGUGGAAUAUUCAGUCACAGCAAACACUCCUUCAGGAAAAAAUGAAGCCACGUCCUCAAGUGAUGCUAUUGAAGAUAAGUUGCACCCAGCCAAGCAACGUUUGGGUCAUCAUGAUGCAACAUCUGAUGACGAUGUCCUCAUAGAUGUGGUCACUGCUGAUCCAUCCGAGUGUCCACUCAGCAUUACCAUGUUCAAAAAUAGUGCAGACACAUCACCUGACAGUCUCAUUCCAUCAGCAGCGAAGACAUGUGCUUCUGAUGAAAACUCCAAAAAUUUGGUUGCUGAUGUACUAGAUAAGGAUCAGAUGGAAGAUCCUGUGACAAACAGCUUGGAACCAUCAGGAAAUCAAGAGACUCCUGGAAAUGACACUACAGAUCAGAGUGAAGAUCAGGAUCUUAAAUCUACCAAAGGCUGUGCUCUUUCAUGUGAUGAUUCAAAGUGUCAAGAAGAUGGAGACUCUUCUUCCUUGGGCUCAUCUGCGACCAUAGGAGGUGGUCCACCCCAGACAGUUCUCUCAAGAGACACUCCAGAAAAGCAGCUUCCGGAAAGUGGCAUCCAAAUCAAAUCUGAACCUGAUGCAGGAGCAGUGGAGGACACACCAUCUGGAAGCGUAACUCCUGAUGAAGAAUCGAAGCAAGCAAACAAAGAGAAUCCCCAAGAAAAGAUGAAGCGCCCAAAAAGUCUUAACCAACUGGUGUCUGCCCUUACCCAGAGGCUUGGCCUUAUAGCCAAAAGUGUAACACCGUCACCAAGUAACUUGGACCUUCCCAGAAGCACUGUUGGCAUAAACCACAAGGCCUCCCAUUCCAAGCCAUCAUCAUCACCCACAGAGGGAGCCCUUCAGCCACCCAAACCCACCCAGGAGCCAGGCCGGGGCACCAAGCGUCGCAUGAUCACCAACAAGAACCUGAAGAGGCCCCCGAUACCGGAGAAGGUGCAGAUGAGAAUCCAGCAGUUGAACCCGUAUCCGUGUGAUCAUGGGUGGCAGCAUAAUGCUGCCGUGGUGGAGUUGGCCCAGAGGGAGGUUGAGCUGGAUUGCCAGCCUGGAGACCAGGUUGCAUUGACAGGGCCGCCCGUUGAUCAGUUGCUUGGUACCAGAGGCUCUACCCCUGGGAAUGUGAACUUCUGUUAUCAACGUGGGAUAGAUCCAGUCAAUACUACCUCUAGGGACACCUCUGGAGUCCCUGUUACUACAAAGAACGAUGAGUCAGGUAGCCAACCUGUGUCUCCUCAGGGCAAUAGCACCCAGGUGGUCGAGUCACAUCCACUUCUCACAGGAAUGCUGACAGGAGCGGAUGCCGGAAGUACUGAGCCUCUGAAACGGAAGCGAUCAAGGACCGCAAGUGGCAAUUCCAAGAGGGGCAAGAACUCCAGGAGGAGGCGGAGAAAGUCUUCUGAUGACGUUGCUUGGGAGAUUUCAUCCAGGGCUGAUGCACUUGAAAAUGGAACUUUUUCUGAGAAAGACAUUCGGGAAGAAUGGAUGCAGUUGCUGAAGGUCAUGGAGGAAUCUACACAGUCUGGAAAUGAAGAACAACUGUCCAACUCUGAAAUUGUACUUCCUUCAUCAUCAAUACCUGCAUCUGCUUCAGAGAGGCUACCUGGUCAUCAGGCUGAUUGCCCUGUUGAGGGUCUACCUUCUAUGUCUGUCCAGGAAUCAGAUACAUCCUCAAUUACUGACACUGCAUCUGGGAAGGAUGACCUCUCUGGUAUGCCAUCGAUCUUAAGGGUAUUCUCACUGCGAGACGAAGAACCGGAAAAUAAUCUUGCUCUGGAAUCCACAGGUCUUGGUAGUUUUGAUCUUGAUUCUGCUAGAAUAAUUGAGACUCAGGAUGCAUCUCAGGUUUAUUCUAUAGCAGCUGCUGCUGCUGCUGCUACAGCUGCCAGAAGACAUUCUCGGGAAUCCUGCGACUACACUGUAUCUUCCCAACAAGAAAUGAGCAGGAAAAGACGUUCAUCACAAACAUUUGGUUCUGCUGAUGGUGUUCCGCCACCAAAAGUGGUAGCAGCAGGAUCGAAUAGUGCUGUCGGGCAAGUGAUACAGGCAAACUCUAUCAUAAGCUCCCAGCAAGUGCCAUCUAGGGUCUGUAAUCAGAGUGGUAACUUACCAGAUACUUUACAACCCAUUGCUGCAAGUGGUAUGUCUCAAACUGUGUUGAACUCUCCUGUGACGAGCCCAACACCCUCGGGUAUGCAAAACACGACGGUUCUGCCAUCGCAGCCUGCUUCCAGGUUCAUCCCCGUACAGCCAACGCCUUUGCAGCAAGUGUCACAACAGAGGAGAGGUAGCCUUGAGUCACUUCUGAAUCCCCUGAUACUCAAUCAGCAGAUACAAAACUACAGACUCAGUGCCAGUCCUCCCCUCUGUACCCCUUAUCCCACCACCUCUGGGCCUGUAUUACACACCGUCUUGGGUCCGUCUGCACCUUCAGGAAACAUCCAAAACCCUGGGGUUGGAUACCUUGGUGGGAGCAUACCGUUGCCAACUGCGAACGUCCAGUGGACAGAGGCGCCACCAAAUGUUCAACUUGCUCCUGUUACGACACAGUCAUACACCAAUGGUGUGGACAGUCGGUCAACUAUUUUCUACACUCCUCAAGUUUCUACAGUUACCUUUCUCACAGGGUCACCACGGUGAUGUCAUCAACGAAGUUGUAUCGUCAUCAUGAAUGCUUGUGUUUUGAGUGUCCAGGGGCCCGUUGCAGAAAGAGUUGCAAUCAAUCGCAUUUCUAAAAAUCAUUUAGCUUGAUAAUCAGCCAGUCAACAUCGCGCAUUUUGGACUUGCGACUGAUUUUUUUUUACUUGCGUUUAAAACACAACUCUUUCUGCAACAGGCCCCAGAUGUGAUACGUUAUGUUUUAUGGUCAUGUUUAAAAUUAUGACUUCUUGAUAAUCCGUGCUAAGUCGCUUUACCGUGGCAUUAAACUACUUCCUAUUAAAACAUUUAUGUGAUAUCCUUCGACUUAAGACAGUAAAUUUGAUAGCACUUCUCUUUUAGUAACAGUAUCAUCAUUUGAUUCACCUUGAUGAAGGCAUACCUUGCAUCAGGAUUUAGUUAUCAGUACUUGUAUACUUGGAUUCCACCAAACUUUCUAAUGAAGAUUGUAUCCCAGUUGUUUUCUCAAGCCAUCUUGUAACUUCAAAGACCUUGACAGUUUUUACUAUUUUUAUAUCAUUUGAGUACGUGGUACUGAACAGUUAUUAGUACGCGUUGUGAAAAGCGAAAUUAGUUUAUACAUUCCUCGGUCCCGUAACAAAGCUUAGCGAUUGAUCACAAGGCUGAUUUGUAUGAUUGAUCAUGACACCAUUAUCGUUGCAAUCAAUCAUAGAUCUAGCCCCAUGAUUAAUGUGCUCAGCUUUAUGUUAUGGACCCCUUUAUGUACAUGUAUAUAGCUAUUGAUACUUGCCAGUGUAAAGGGUUAAUAGUUUUGUGCUCGUUUUGCUAAUUAUAUUGUUUCAUUUCUUUCAAGAAUCUGUUGGUGUGUGAAGUUUUAUUGAGAUCCAUAUGUGAAAAAAGAAGAAGACUAUAGAGUUCUAGACGUGCAAAGAAGUGGCAUCCAAAUUGGUGCCAGAGUUCUAAAUUAGGCAGAUAAUAAGAAGCAAUAUUCGGUGGCAAAGUUUACUAAAAAAAAAAAAACC